AUGGGACAAAAAGACUUCCAGCAGGCCCCACCAGCUGCCUUCCGUACCUCGUCCAGCUCUUCUCCUUCCUAUCCAAUGGAGGGACAAAAGACUUUCCAGCAGCCCCAACCAGCUGCCCUUCCGUUCCUUACGUCCUGCUCUUCUCCUUCCUCUCCACUGGGGACAAAAGACUUCCAGCAGCCCCACCCCCCCAGCUGCCUUCCGUCCUUUCCCGUUCCAGCUUCUCCUUCCUUCCUUCCCACUGGGACAAAAGACUUCCAGUCAGCCCCACCAGCUGCCUUUCGUCCUUCGUCCAGCUUCUUCUCCUUCCUCUCCAAUGGACAAAAGACUUCACCAGCAGCCCCACCAGCUGCCCUUCCGUCCUUCGUCCUGCUCUUAUCCAUUAUCUCCAAUGGGACAAAAGACUUUCCAGCAGCCCCACCAGCUUGCCUUUCCGUCCUUCGUCCAGAUCGUUCUCCUUUCCUCUCCACUGGAGGGGACAAAAGACUUCCAGCAGCCCCACCAGCUUGCCUUUCGUCCUUACGUUCCAGCUCUUCUCCUUCCUAUCACUGGGAACCCCAAAAGGAACUUCCAGCAGCCCCACCAGGCUGUCCUUAUUUCGUCCUCCUUCGUCCAGCUCUUCUCCUUUCCUCUCCACUGGGACAAAGACUUCCAGCAGCCCCAAGGCCCCUACCCAAGCUGCCUUUCGUCCUUGUCCAGCUCUUCUCCUUUCCUCUCCACUGCUGGGACAAAAGACUUCCAGCAGCCCCACCAGCUGCCUUCCGUCCUUCGUCCCUGCUCUUCUUCCUUCCUCCUCCCACUGGGACAAAAGACUUUCCAGCCCAGCACCCACCAGCUGCCUUUCGUCCUUCGUUCCAGCUCUUCUCCUUCCUAUCCAACUGGACAAAAGACUUCCAGCAAGCCAACCCCACCAGCUGCCCUUUCGUCCUUCGUCCAGCUCUUCUCCACACACCUUCCUCUCCAACGGGUACAAAAAGGACUUCCAGCAGCCCCACCAGCUGCCUUCCGUCCUUCGUCCAGCUCUUUCCUUCCUUCCUCCUAAUGGGGACAAAAGACUUCCAGCAGACCCCACCAGCUGCCCUUCCGUGUUCCUUCGUCCAGCUCUUCUCCUGUUCCAUCUCCCAAUGGGACCAAAAGAACUUCCAGCAGCUCCCCGACCAGCUCGCCUUACCGGUCCUUCGGCCCAAGCUCUUCUCCUUCCUCUACCAAUGGGAUCAAAAAAAAAAAAAAAAAAAAGACUUCCAGCAGGCCCCCACCAGCUGCCUUCCGUCCUUCGUCCAGCUCUUUCUCCUUCCUCUCCAAUGGGACAGAAAGGGACUUCCAGCAGCACCCACCAGCUGCCUUCCCAGCCCUUCCGUUCGUCCAGCUAUUCUACCUUCCUCUCCAAUGGGACCAAAAGAACUUCCAGCAGCCACCCCACCAGGCUCUGCCUUCCGUCCCUUCGUCUCCCAAGCUAUUCUCCUUCACCUCUCCAAUGGGACCAAAAGACUUCCGAGCAGCCCCACCAGCUGCCUUCCGUCCUUCGUCCAGCUCUUCUCCUUCCUCUCCAAAAUUAGGGACAAAAGACCUUCCGAGCAGCCCCACCAGCGUGCCCAUUCCGUCCUUCGUCCAGCCUCUUCUUUGCCCUUCCAUCUCCAAUGGGGACAAAAAGACUCCCCAGCAGCCCCCAACCAGCUGCCUUCCGUACCUUCGUCCAGCUUCUUUCUCCUUCCUCUCCAAUGGGACAAAAGACUUCCAGCAGCCCCACCAGCUGCCUUCCGUCCUUCGUCCAGGCUCUUAGCCUUCCUCUCCAAUUGGGACAAAAGACUUCCAGCAGCACCCACCAGCUGCCUUUCCGGUCCCUUCGUCCAGACUCUUCUCCUUCCUCUCCACCUGGGACAAAAGACUUCUUCCAGCAGCCCCACCAGCCUUGCCUUCCCGUCCUUCGUCCAGCUCUUCGCCUUUACCUCUCCCACCUGGGACAAAAGACUUCCAGCAGCCCCACCCCCAAGCUGCCUUCCAGUCCUUCGUUCCAGCUCUUCUGCCUUCCUCCUCCACUGGGACAAAAGACUUCCAGCAGCCCCACCAGCUGCCUUCCGUCCUUCGUCCAGCUCUUCUCCUCCUUUCCUCCCAAUGGGACAAAAGACUUCCAGCCAGCCCCAACCAGCUGCCUUCCGUCCUUUCGUCCCCUGCUCUUCUUCCUUCCUCUCCACUGGCGGGACCAAAGGACUUCCCAGCCCCAGCCCCACCACUUGCCUUCCGUACCUUCGUCCAGCCUCUUCGUCCUUCCUAUCCAACUGGGACAAAAAGGACUUCCAGCCAGCCCCACCAGCUGCCUUCCGUUCCUUCGGUACCAGCUUUCUUCCUUCCUCCCUCCAAUGGGACAAAAGACUUCCAGCAGCCCCCACCAGCUGCCUUCACGUCCUUCGUCCAGCUCGUUCUCCUUCCUCGUCCAAUGGGGGACAAAAAGAACUUCCAGGCAGCCCCAACCAGAUGCCUUCCGACGUCCUUCGUCCCAGGCUAUUCUUCACCUUCCUCUCCAAUGGGACAAAAGACUUCCAGGCAAAGCCCCACCAAGCUGCCUUCGUCCUUCGUUCCAGCUCUUGCUCCCUUCCUCUCCAAUGGGACAAAAGAAAAACUUACCCAGCGCCCCACCAGCUGCUCCCGUCCCCUUCGUCCAUCGCUUCUUCCUUCCUUCCUUCCAAUGGGAACCAAAAGAACUUCCAGCAGCCCCACCCAGAUGCCUUCCGUCCUUCGUCCUGCUCUUGCUCCUUCCUUCCUCCCACUGGGACAAAAGAACUUUCCAAGCAGCGCCCCACCAUAGCUGUCCUUCCCACCCCCCUCCCCCCCCCCCCCCCUUCCCGCCUUCCGUCCAGCUCUUCUUCCUUCCUUCCUUCCAAUAGGGACAAAAGACUUUAUAGCCACAAGCCCACCCCACCAGCGCCGCCUUCGUCCUUCGUUCCAGCUCUUCUCCUUCCCGCUCCCACUGGGACAAAAGGAACUUACCCACAGCCCCACCUAGCUGCCUUCCGUCACCUUCGUCCAGGCUUUUUCCUCCUUACCUAUCCCACUGGGAACCCCGUCCUUCGUCCAGCUCUUCCUUCCUUCCUUCCUUCCACUGGGACAAAAGACUUCAAGCAAAGCCCCACCAGCUGCCUUCCAUCCUUGCGUCCAGCCUUUUUCCCUCCUUCCUCUCCACUGGGACAAAAAGACUUCCUGCAAGCCCCACCAGCUGCCUUCCGUCCCUUCGUCCAUCUCUUUCUCCUUCCUCUCCACUGGGACAAAAAGACUUCCAGCAGCCCCACCAGCUUGCCUUUCCAUAUCUUUCGUCCAGUUCUUCUCAUUCCCCUCCACUGGGACAAAAGACUUCAGCAAAGCCCCACCCACCAGCGGCCUUCCAGUCCUUCGCCAAGCUUUUCUACUUUUCCUCCGGUUCCUCUCCACUGGGACAAAAGAAUUCCAGCAGCCCCACCAGCUGCCUUCCAUCCUUCGACUUGGGCAGAGGGAUUUGAGCUAUAUCCACAGUAG